AUUUUAUUACAACUUGUCUUUUUUGUUCCAGCUGCUUGUAAAUAGAGGCUGUAAAUAUAAUUAUAGCAAGUAAAGAUGAGUUUGGGUGCACGCGCCACCAAGGGUGGUGCGAAGGCAGGCAAGGAGGGCAAGCACGCGCCAGAGAAAGGCAAGGGCACAGACAAACCACAGCCCAAGGAGAAGGUCAAGCCACAGGCAACCACAGAACAGCUCCGGAUGGCUCACAUGAUAGACCGUAAAAGCGAAGACGCUUCCGACGUCCGCAGAAUGGUCCUUGAGUUGAUGGAGAUGACGUGUCGCACGGAGGAAGAGGUGUGUUCGGCGCUGCACGACUCCGACAACGACAUGGUGGCCGCCUGCAACCUGCUGCUCGAGGAGAGCCCCAGGAUACAGGUAUAAAGGCAA